AUGGCGACAGAUAUUUCCCUCGCAGACUACCUGGAGAUUCGCAACGCGGCCUUUGAGUGGUCUGAAAGCUACGAUCUCAAAGACUGGGAGCGACUUCAAAAGAUCCUAGCCCCUUCUGUCCGUCUUGACUUCCGCAGCCUCAAGGGCGAGUUACAUGAGAACUUGAGCCCCAAAGAGUAUGCCGCCAUUCUUUCCAGCCGGCCACUCCUGGGUGACAGAACCUUGAAGACACAGCACCUCUUAGGCGGCGCCAAAGUGGAGUGUCAAAGCGACGGCAUAGUCAAAGUUCAGCACCAGAUUCGCGUCGCCCAUCAACGCUACAAAGACAAUACCUUUACUGAGGUCCUAAACAAGGGCCAUGGUAUUGGCGUUACCACGCAUUGGUACAGGAAGAUUGAUGGAGUUUGGAAGAUAGAAGGUGUUGCGCCGAGAUUGGACUGGAGCGAAUAUGACCUCUUUGGUACCCUGGCUCCUCCCAAGGAGAGCUAA